CCCGUGUCGAUGGAUGCGCCGCUAGACGGGCUGGCCUGUCUUCACUUCGCCCUGAUCUAUAUCGACGACAGCGGCAAACUGCGCUUCGAGGCCUCGCCCUCCAUCGCCAACAACUGCCAGAGCAUCCUGUCUCCCAACGUCACAGACAGCUUCCUGCGCGCCGUGGCCUUGUCCGGCAAGGGAGACCCGUCCAAGAUGCUCGGUAAGACGCACGAAAUCCGAGGCCGAAGCCCACUCUCCCCGGAGUCCCCGAGCGCGAACGACCUAUCCAGCAAGUCAAUAUUCCACUCAACCCCAGAACCUCCGCAGUCGAAACGGAAGCGCGUCUCCCACGAAUGCCUUGUCCCGAUGAGCAUCACUUGCCACCAGAAGACCAUGUUGCCCGUCCGCAAUACCGGGCUGUUGCGCCGGUAUUAUGAGAAGGCCUUCGACAGUCUACAGCAGAUCAACUGUCGGAUCCUCGCCAAGGCAUACAUCAAGCUCGUCGAGCCCCGGAAACAGGUCAACUACCCAUAUAACGGACGCAAGAUCAUCUCCGGCUCGUCGCAGCAAUUCAACCCCGAGCUGACCAAGCCAGCCUGGUGGCCAACGGGCGUGACCCAUCGGGAACCGGAUCAUCUCCUCAAAGCUGCAGAGCGAAUCCGCCUCCUCGUACACAUCCUCUGCGAGCUGCGCGAAAGCCACUCCAUCUGCGUCGAGAAACUCAAAGAAGCAGACCAGUCCGUCCGGCGCCAAAUCGCCCCCGUCGAGCGCAUCCCCGUUCUUGACGAGAUCUACCACGUCCGCGAAGAGGAAGAGCGAUACCUAGACGGUAGAACCGACGGCUCCGCCAUCAUCUGCGUCUCCCGCGUCCACCUCCCCGAACUCUCCGACUCUCAAACCCUGGGCUCGCCGACCCAAGCCCUCAAAGACGGCCUUACCAGCAGCACCACCAACCCCGUCUACCGCAAGGAAAUCCCCGAUCUAGAAUCCCACACCUCCGUCUUCCCCUCCGCCGCCACCAACUCCCCCAUCUCCUCCAAGCCCUCCACAUCCUCCAAAGCAUCGGACCCCUGCAAGCCCCCCUCCCAACAACAACCUGGGACAGCAGCGCUUCCGCCUCAUACGCGCCCCUCAAACGUCCCCGCGAGAGCGAAUACCCCCCGCUCGACCUCUCCGCCGGAUCCAUCUUCCACCAAGAACCAUCCUCGUCAUCAACAGCCGCUGCCGCCCUCGACCCCACCCCAUAUUCCAUGAAAUACUACCCUCAGAGCCAGCCGCAACCCUCCCUCCCUGUGCUGGGUCUCUCCGGCGCGGACUUGGGCGGAUGUACGCAUCCGUACUAUUUCAACUAUUAGACUUGCGUGUGUGUGAAGGGUUCCCUUUCCCGGGCUCUCUUCUUUCUUUCUUUUGUUGAGGGGUGGGAUGUCGAGCUUGGUUGGUUGGUUAGUCGGUUAGUCGGUUAGAUCGGACUGGAUUUGAUUGGAUUGAGUUGGGAUUUAG